AUGAAUGCUUAUUAUUUUCACCCAACUACAGUUGGGGUGGGGCACUGAUGAAAAGAUUGCUAUCAGACAAGUAGAAAAAAAUAAUAAAGACACUGUAUUAAAACUUAGCCACAACAAUAGUAGCUAGCUGAGCAAAUUAGAAUUCUGCAUGCCUAUUUACUUUGUACACCUCAUAACAACCAUGACUUCGUUGCUCAAGCUAAGUCCUCUCUCAUAGUAUAUCAUUUCAGAGAUUUCAGGUUUUAAUACCAGAUUUUUCUUUAGUGUUUGGGGUAAUAGUUCCAACAAUACUCUUUUUCUAGUGCAACAUGAUUCGAAGGGCUGCAUGCUUUCACAGAGCUCUACUUUCUUCUCUACAUAAGGUAGGACCAAGGUACUUCACUGCCCCAGCUCUAACUUCUGCACAAUCUAAGAAUUAUCGGGAUUGCGAAUCAACGGAUAUAUUUGAUUGGGAUAAUCUUGGAUUCAAGUUGAUCCAAACUGAUUAUAUGUUUAUGAUGAGAAGUUCUCAAGAUGGGAAUUUUGAAAAAGGCCAACUUAAUCAUUAUGGAAAUAUUGAAUUGAGUCCUUCAGCUGGUGUCUUAAACUAUGGACAGGGUUUAAUUGAAGGUACAAAAGCAUAUAGAAGAGAUGAUGGACGAAUUUUUCUUUUUCGUCCACAAGAAAGUGCAAUUAGAAUGCAAAUUGGUGCUGAGAGAAUGUGCAUGCUGUCUCCUUCAGCUCAACAAUUUGUGGAUGCUGUCAAGCUAACAGCUCUCGCUAAUAAACGUUGGAUCCCUCCUGCUGGAAAAGGUUCACUUUAUAUUAGGCCUCUGCUUAUAGGAAAUGGACCUAUACUUGGAAUUGCUCCUGCUCCUGAAUACACAUUUCUUGUUUAUGCUUGCCCAGUAGGAAACUAUUUAAGGAACGGGACACAACCAUUAACAUUAUAUGUUGAGGAAGAAAUUCAUCGUGCCUCACAAGGGGGAGCUGGUGGAGUCAAAGCCAUUACUAAUUAUGCCCCGGUGAUGAAAGCUAUAAAGAAGGCAAAAGAGAGAGGAUACUCAGACGUAUUGUACCUUGAUUCAGUAAAUAACAAAUAUAUUGAGGAGGUCUCUGCCUCUAACAUAUUCCUUGUAAAGGGAAAAAUCAUUUCAACGCCAGUUGCCAGUGGAACAAUUCUUGAAGGAAUCACAAGGAAAAGUAUAAUAGACAUUGCACAUGAUCUUGGAUACCAGGUUGAAGAACGGUUGGUUGAAGCUGAAGAAUUGAUUAGUGCUGAUGAAGUAUUUUGCACAGGAACUGCACUUGGUGUUGCUCCUGUAGGAAGUAUUACCUACAAAAACAAACGGAUUGAAUACAAGGUAAGCUCAGAAUUAAUAAGUGAGCAAUUGAAUUCGAGGUUAGCAGCUAUUCAAAAAGGUAUUAUCGAGGACAAGAGGGAUUGGAUUAUUGAGAUUAAGUGAACUUUGUUUUAAUGAUGUUUAACAAAAGAUCAUUUGCUAAAAUUAUGAUCUGUUUGUAAAAUGAUUGUUUUCUAUGUAAUAUUUAAAUAGGGAUUUUUAAACAUGAGAUUCGAGAAACUAUCAUUGUGUUCAUUAAAGGUAAUUACUACGUUCUAA